AUGUCUGUUCCUUCACAGCUCCUCUUUCCUCUCAUAAGAAACUGUGAGAUUGGCAGAAUAUGCAGCUCCAUGUGUUACUGCCAUCACAAGCGUCUCUGCUGUCGAUCUGCUUACCAGUCUGUGAAGCCCAGCCGAUGCUUUGCAGAUGGCAAGUUUGCGUCAACGUUUUGCCGGCCCAACUUGCAUUGUGCCCAAUUGAGGAGAUAUGUAACUACACCACAGAGAUUUUACUUGACUCCUCCUCAGGUCAAUAGCAUCUUGAAAGCCAAUGAAUAUAGUUUCAAAGUGCCAGAAUUCGACGGUAAGAAUAUCAGUUCUGUCCUCGGUUUUGACAGUAAUCAGUUACCGGCGAAUGCUCCAAUUGAAGACCGAAGAAGUGCUGCCACGUGUUUACAGACCAGAGGCAUGCUACUUGGUGUGUUUGAUGGUCACGCUGGUUGUGCAUGCGCUCAGGCAGUUAGUGAGAGACUGUUCUACUAUAUUGCUGUUUCAUUGCUACCUCAGGAAACUCUGCUUGAGAUUGAACAUGCUGUAGAAAGUGGUCGGGCGCUAUUGCCAAUUUUGCAGUGGCACAAGCAUCCAAAUGAUUACUUUAGCAAAGAAGCUUCCAAACUGUACUUCAAUAGUUUACGGACCUAUUGGCAAGAACUGAUUGAUCUUAAUGCAGGUGAGAGCACUGAUGUCAAGGAGGCACUGAUAAAUUCCUUCAAGAGACUUGACAAUGACUUGUCAUUAGAAGCUCAAGUAGGUGAUCCUAACUCCUUUUUGAACUAUUGGGUCUUACGAGUGGCCUUUUCAGGAGCUACUGCAUGUGUGGCUCAUGUGGAUGGUGUAAACUUGCAUGUGGCAAACACAGGAGAUAGCCGAGCCUUGCUUGGUGUCCAGGAGGAAGAUGGCUCUUGGUCUGCUGUAACCAUGUCCCAUGACCAUAAUGCUCAAAAUGAUUCAGAGGUGAAACGUCUUAAGACAGAGCAUCCGAAGGAAGAAAAGACUGUUGUGAAGCAAGACAGACUCUUAGGAUUGCUCAUGCCUUUUAGAGCUUUUGGAGAUGUCAAAUUUAAAUGGAGCAUUGACCUCCAGAAACGUGUAGUUGAAUCGGGUCCUGAUCAACUAAAUGAUAAUGAAUACACAAAAUUCAUUCCUCCAAACUACCACACGCCACCAUACUUAUCCGCAGAGCCAGAAGUCAUAUAUCACAAGUUACGACCUAAGGACAAGUUCCUUAUUCUAGCCACGGAUGGUCUUUGGGAGACUAUGCACAGGCAGGAUGUUGUGAGAAUUGUUGGAGAGUACCUAACUGGUGUUCACCAUCAGCAGCCUUUAGCAGUAGGAGGCUACAAAGUCACCCUGGGACAGAUGCAAGGCCUUCUUAUGGAUAGGAGGGCCAGAAUAUCGUCUGUGUUUGAAGAUCAAAAUGCAGCUACACAUCUUAUACGACAUGCAGUGGGCAAUAAUGAGUUUGGAACUGUUGACCAUGAGCGAUUGUCAAAAAUGCUUAGUCUUCCAGAAGAACUGGCACGGAUGUACAGAGAUGAUAUCACAAUCAUAGUGGUGCAGUUUAAUUCUCAUGUCAUUGGAGCAUAUCAAAACCUGUAA